AGAGCGCGGGAGCGCGGGAGGGUGAGGGGAGCUGCGGGUCGCGCGCUGGCGAGUGGAGCCGAGCUAAGCCGAGCCGAGCCGAGCGGGCGUCGUGCAGGGGGGUUGCCUGAGCUUGUGCUCCAGUGCCCAGGCGGGUAGCAGUUUGCCGGGUGAGGCGGCGCUCCUCUCUCCCACCAUGGCUGCGUUGCGCUACGCGGGUCUGGACGACACUGACAGUGAGGACGAGCUGCCACCGGGCUGGGAGGAGAGGACCACCAAGGACGGCUGGGUGUACUUUGCCAACCACACAGAAGAGAAGACACAAUGGGAACAUCCUAAAACUGGAAAAAGAAAACGAGUAGCAGGAGACCUGCCCUAUGGAUGGGAACAAGAAACGGAUGAAAAUGGACAAGUGUUUUUUGUUGACCACAUAAAUAAAAGAACCACAUACUUGGAUCCACGACUGGCAUUUACUGUUGAUGAUAAUCCGAAGAAGCCACCAACCAGACAGAAAUAUGAUGGCAAUACUACUGCUAUGGAAAUACUUCAGGGUCGUGAUUUCACUGGAAAAGUGGUUAUAGUCACUGGAGCUAACUCAGGAAUAGGAUUUGAAACAGCAAAGUCUUUUGCCCUCCAUGGUGCCCAAGUCAUCCUGGCCUGCAGGAAUAUAGCAAGAGCUAAUGAAGCUGUGUCACGCAUUUUACAAGAGUGGCACAAAGCCAAGGUAGAAGCCAUGACCUUAGACCUUGCUUCUCUCCGAAGUGUGCAGAACUUUGCUGAAGUGUUCAAGUCUAAGAACAUGUUUCUACAUGUGUUGAUCUGUAAUGCUGGUGUCUUUGCCCUGCCCUGGAGCCUCACAAAAGACCACCUUGAGACCACCUUCCAGGUGAAUCAUCUGGGACAUUUUUAUCUUGUCCAGCUCCUUCAGGACCUGUUGUGUCGCUCGGCCCCGGCUCGCGUUGUUGUUGUGUCUUCAGAAUCGCAUAGGUUUACCGAUAUUAAUGAUUCCUCAGGCAAACUUGAUUUGAGCCUGCUUUCUCCAUCUAAGGAAGAGUACUGGGCCAUGCUAGCAUACAACCGUUCCAAGCUCUGCAAUAUACUCUUCUCUAAUGAGCUUCACUGCCGCUUGUCUCCCCAUGGAGUCACAUCCAAUGCUGUGCAUCCUGGAAAUAUGAUGUAUUCAUCCAUUCAUCACAACUGGUGGGUGUAUACCCUGCUAUUUACCUUGGCCCGGCCUUUCACCAAAUCCAUGCAACAAGGAGCAGCCACCACCGUCUACUGCGCUGUGGCCCCUGAGCUGGAGGGCCUGGGAGGAAUGUAUUUCAACAAUUGCUGUCGCUGCUUGCCUUCAGCAGAGGCCCAGAAUGAAGUGACGGCGAGGGCCUUGUGGGAGCUCAGUGAGAGGCUGAUCCAAGAACGAGUUGGCAGGCAGACCAGCUGACGGGGACCUCCUGUAAGGAUCAAAACACACCAAGUAUAUGUGUGCACACUAGAAAACUGCCAACUCUGGAACUUUUCCAAGCUUAUCAUCUAGAGGGUUUCCAUAUACCUCGGUUACAGAUUAGCUAGUGUUAAACAGAAUAAUAGUAGUCACAACACGGUGAAAAAUGUUAAGUACUCAUGGGAAGUAGGGAAUUCUGUAGGUUAAAGGGACAAUAUCUCUUUCCGGGGCUUCCUUUUCCUUUUCCUUAGGAUUGUAGCCUUUACAAAGUAGCGCCCUCAGUGAAAUGUGGGGCAUCUUUUGUGUUACUUUAGAAGUACAAGCCAACUUUUUCAUUGAUUUCCCUGGCUAAGUGUUCUGCAAAUCACCAACACACGAUCCCCCUCCUCUCCUUCCCCAGCCCCUUUGGGGAAGGAGACGUCUUUGAGAAUUGCUUUUGAUCAGGAAAUAUCUGUUUCAUGCAACCUGACCAAAUUUGAUCGGGCUUGGCAAUGGAAAGAAAGGAGAAUCUCAGGUCCCCUUCCCCCCCACCCCCUUUGCAACAAAUGCUUCAGUGAUGGUUAGGAAAUAUGUAGUGCUGAGCUCACAAAUAUAUACACAGAAAGCAGUGGCCAUUCCUUCCCCUGCUGAUUAAAUAUUGAAGAGUAUUUUGAGAUAACAAAAAAAGUAUAUCGCACACUAUUCCCUAAAAGGCUUAGUUUAGGAUCAGGAAAGAAGAUCCCAGGUCCUUAAGAAUACAGAAAGGUUGUCAGGGGGUCCACUCUCCAUGGAGACUUCCAAGGAGGAUCUCUCUGAGGUUCAGUUGCUCAGUUGUCCCGAUGCCAGAUCCUGCUUGCAUCUGUCUCUGUCUUCUCAUCUUUAUACUUUAAUAAAAGAACAUGCUUGAAUAUUGUCACCUGUAGAGAACAUUUGUUUUGUUCCUUUAAAUGUAUCAGUUUCUCUUUAAAAAAAAAAAAACAAGGAAAAAUAAAUAGCCGUGAAAAGAAGUUUCUUGCGUCUUCACUGAGUUGGGUUGUGUUUUUUG